UGUACGCUUGCACAGACUGUUACCACCGAAGGUUAUUUUGUGCAUUAUCCUCGUUUGAAAAUUCAGGCUCAGAUCUAGGUUCGGCAAAAAAAGUUAGUUUUAAAGGCUAUAUAAAUAGAAAACAAGAUGUUAACAAUGGAUAGUUCUUCGGAUGACGACUGUUACAUUAAUUCUGCGAAAACAUUAAAAGCAUUGAAAAAACAGCUAGUCGUUAAUGGCAGUCCCAGCGAUCAAGAAGCACCUGCAAGCCCACAGGAUGGGAUGCAAUCUUAUAUGCUUGAAGAUUGCGUACUUAGUGAGGUGCAGUCAGCACCUAAAACUAGAAGAUCUUCGCGUAGAACUCGUGGUAGAGGUACCAGAAUGAGUCGGAGAAUAGCUAAUCGCGAACCAGAAGAAUCUGAGAUACUUCCAGAACUUUUUGCCAUAAAAGCACCAGUUCAAUCAAUUUCUUUGAUAGAUUCUGAUCCAGAAGACAUGAUAGUCACAAUGAAUCCUGAUGAUGACAAAGAUGUUGCUGGUUAUGAUGCACUUGUAAAUUAUGAAAUGACCAUAAAGAUCAAUUGGCAAUCCGCUAGACUUGAGCGAGUACCUCUCAGACGGUACCAAGAGUUCUCAAAGGUUUUUGAAUACUUCUCUACAAUGGUAAACAUACCUCAACAGAGAAUAUGGUUAGUCUUGCGAAAUCAGAUCACUAUAAAACCAAGUGAUACUCCAGAUUCCUUAGGUCUUACUAUUGUAGAUAUAAUUGAGGGUGGAAUUAUUGAUGGUAGUACUGAGCAUCAUAGUACUAGUAAAACCACUGUGGACAAGGACAGUAUCAACAUUAAAAUUCAAACUAAGGAUCAAAAGAAAACACUAAAUAUUUCCAUUAAGAAAGGUCAAAAAAUUAAGGUACUCAUGAUGAAAUGUGCGGAGCAAUUGAACAUUCCAGAAGAAAAAAUCAAAUUCCAAUUUGACGGUGAGCCAGUACACCCCAAUGAAACUGCUGAGAGCUUGGACCUAGAAGGUGGAGAAUGCUUUGAUAUGUAUACGAUACCGUGAAUUUGAACAAAAUAUUUAUUUACAUUGGCUAAAAUUUCAAAGUAAUAUUUUCGUAUUUGGACAUGCAAGUUGGCAAUAAUGCUUGUUUG